AUGGCGGACCUCAGGCAGUUCAUUGGUGACAACCUCGUGCGGGUAAGUGGGGCACCUUCUACGUCGCACGCGAAGCUGACAUCACAGCUGCUCGGCUCUGCUGAUAGCGCCGUCACCGAUUUCGUCCACUCAGCUGGUAAGAACAAGCAGGCAGAGUCUAGCGCUGACAUGGUAGCUCUCUCCGCUAAAACACCUGGUGAUCUUUACAACCAGCUGCUGGCUGCUGGUCUCUCCGAGUCCCCCGACACUCAAGCUUUCGCCACCCAAGUUCACGGCUUGGUUCCUCGAAAGACGAAGACGAAGAAGCCGAAGGUCGCGCCGACAGUCAACACUCAGAAGUUUACGUUUGUGACCGAGGAAGAGGAGCGGAUUUCGAAAAAGAAGAAGAGCAAGAGCAAGGAUAAGGACCGUGAAGUCGCUUCCCAUAAGCUUGAACGAUCAUCAAGAAAGCGCGACACCGAGGGCAACUGGGAUUCUGACCCCGAAGACUUAGAACCAGAGCCACCAAAACGUGCCCGAUUCGAUUCUCCUGUCCGUGAUGAGGAGCCGCCGGAGCCUGAGGAGACUGAGGAGGAGCGGUUGGAGAGGGAGCGGUUGGAAGAUCUCGCAGAGCGAGAUGCGUUCGCCGAGCGCAUGAAGAACAAAGAUCAAGAUCGGACGAAGAAGAUCGUUCAAGACCGAUCCAACGAGGGCACGGAGGAGGCUGCUCGUCGGCAGCUGUUCGCAGAGGAUGCCGAGGCGCGGAGAGAGGUCAUGCCGGAUCUUCGAGAACGCUCCCGACAGUCGUACCUGCAGAAGCGUGAAGAGCAGCGCUUGGACUUGCUCAAGCUCGAAGUGGAGGACGAAAAGAUCUUGUUCCGAGGACAAAAGCUGUCGAAGAGGGAAAUCGAGGAGCACGAACGCAAGAUCGAGCUCAUCAAGAUCCUCGAGGAGCGCAAGAAGAUCGACGAUGGCACGGACGGCUACAUGCUCCCUGAGGACUACAUCACAGAGCAGGGUCGUCUCGAUUCGAAGAAGAAGAAGAACGCCCUGUAUCAGCGCUACGAGGAAAGGGACAAAAAUAAGGAGGCUUUCGCGACCGACGUGGAUACCUGGGAGGAGUCUCAGCGGUACCGCACGGACUUUGUCACUGGAGCUCUAGACAAAGAGGUCGUCGACGAGAACGAUGGCUAUGACUACGUUUUCGAUGAGAGUCAGGGUAUCCAGUUCUUGCAGGAGGGCGGUUUGGACGGUACGCUCAACCCUGAGGCUGAAGCUUUGCUCGCCCAGGUCGAGGAGGCGGAGAAGAAGCACCAGUCCAUCCAGGACACGCGAAAGUCGCUACCUGUGUACGAGUUCCGUGAUGAGCUGUUGGAGGCCAUCGCUGAGCAUCAGGUGCUUAUCGUUGUCGCCGAAACAGGUUCGGGCAAGACGACCCAACUUCCUCAGUAUUUGCACGAGGCCGGGUACACUGCAGGCGGCAUGAAGGUAGGUUGCACGCAACCGCGUCGUGUCGCCGCCAUGUCCGUUGCUGCCCGUGUCGCUGAAGAAGUUGGCUGCCGUCUGGGUCAAGAAGUCGGCUACUCGAUCCGUUUCGAGGACAUGACUAGCGACAAGACGGUGCUCAAGUAUAUGACGGACGGUAUGCUCCUCCGUGAGUUCUUGACGGACCCCGAGCUCUCAACGUAUUCUGCGCUUGUCAUCGACGAGGCGCACGAGCGAACACUCUCCACGGAUAUUCUCUUCGGACUCAUCAAGGACAUUGCCCGAUUCCGACCAGAGCUGAAGCUUCUGAUCUCCAGCGCUACUCUCAAUGCGCAAAAGUUCAGUCAGUUCUUCGACGACGCUCCCAUCUUCGACAUUCCAGGCCGCCGCUUCCCCGUCGACAUGUUCUACACUCAGCAGCCUGAAGCCAACUACAUUCACGCUGCCGUCACGACCAUUCUCCAGAUCCACACAACCCAACCGAAGGGUGACAUCCUCUUGUUCCUGACAGGUCAAGAUGAGAUCGAGGCUUGCGAGGAGAAUCUCAAGGAGACCAUGUACGCUCUCGGCGACAAGGUGCCUGAGCUUAUCAUCGCACCUAUCUACGCCAACCUUCCGAGCGAAAUGCAGACGAAGAUCUUCGAGCCGACACCAGAAGGCGCGCGCAAAGUCGUCUUGGCCACCAACAUUGCUGAGACGUCGAUUACAAUCGAUGGCGUAGUUUAUGUCAUCGACCCGGGCUUCGUCAAGCAGAAUAACUACAAUCCCAAAACAGGAAUGUCGUCGCUGGUGGUGGAGCCAAUCUCUCGCGCCUCUGCGAAUCAGCGUGCGGGUCGUGCCGGACGUGUCGGACCUGGUAAGGCGUUCAGACUGUACACCAAGUGGGCGUACAAGAAUGAAUUGCUGGAGGACACGAUACCAGAGAUCCAACGAACCAACCUCGGCAUGGUCGUGCUGAUGCUGAAGUCGCUCGGCAUUAACGACAUCCUCAACUUUGAGUUCCUGGACAAGCCGCCAGCCGAGACGAUCAUCCGGUCGUUCGAAAUGCUGUACGCGCUCGGAGCGCUCAACCACAAGGGCGAGCUGACCCGUCUCGGUCGCCGCAUGGCCGAGUUCCCCGUCGACCCGAUGCUCUCGAAGGCGAUCAUCAACAGCGAGAAUUUCAAGUGCACGCACGAGGUGCUCAUCAUCAUUUCGAUGCUGCAGGAGUCGGGAUCGCUCCUGUACCGGCCGAAGGACAAGCGUGUGCAUGCCGACAAGGCGCACAAGAAUUUCCAGAAGCCAGGAGGCGACCACUUCACGCUGCUCAACAUCUUCGAGCAGUGGGCUGAGGCGGGCUAUGGCCAGCAGUUCUGCUAUGAGAACUUCGUGCAGUACAAGUCUCUCUGUCGCGUGCGUGACAUCCGCGAUCAGCUGGCGAGUCUUUGCGACCGAGUUGAAGUUGUGAUCGAGAGCUGCCCGAAUGACGUUGUCCCCGUCCAGAAGGCGAUCACGGCUGGCUACUUCUACAACACUGCGCGCCUCGACAAGGGUGGUGGCUACAAGACCACGAAGAACAACCACACCGUCUACAUGCACCCGUCGUCGGGUCUCAUUGGCAUGCAGCCCCCGCCGCGCUUCAUCCUGUACUACGAGCUCGUCCUUACGAGCAAGGAAUACAUGCGCCAGUGCAUGCCGAUCGAGGGAGAGUGGCUGUACGAGCUCGCGCCGCAUUACUUCAACCGCGGCGACGUGCAGAAGAUGAUGGGAAGCGCGAGCAGCGUCAAGAUGCCGAAGCAGAUCAAGCCGGCCCCAGGACCGCAGGAUGUGAAGUAG